GCGUCUGGCACUGAUCUCUGUCCUGAACCACGAUGAGCACAAUAGAUCUUCCCUCCGCCCUCGCGCUCGGCGCGCGCGUCGAGCCCUUUGUGCUCAUGGCGAAGUCUGCCAGGGGCGCCGCAGCAGCUAAGCUCGCCGUUGACGCCACCGCCGCCCCUGGUGUCUUCGUCUUUGGCGAGCUCAUUGACGCGCUCGCAGCUGCCCAGCUCGCCGGUACCCCUCACGGCGCCCUCCUCGACCUCUUUGCAUACGGAACGUACAGGGAUUACACCGCAGACCCGAGCGCGUUCCCCGCGUUGAAUGCGGCGCAGAUCACCAAGCUCAAGCUGCUGAGCAUUGUAAGCGCCGCGAUGGAGCGACGGAUACUGCCCUACGCGGACUUGAUAGCAGCGCUCGAUGCGCCGAGCGUGCGCGCACUUGAGGACCUUGUGAUCGAUGCUGUAUACCAGGGCUUGCUGGAGGCGACGCUCGAUCAGCAGCGGGGCGUGGUGGAGGUCGUAUACACAGUUGGGCGCGAUGUGCGGCCAGGUGCGCUACCGGAUCUGCUAGCUGGCCUACAGGCAUGGGCUUCUACGACUGCUUCCGUACUCACUGCCCUCGACGAACGUCUCGUCGCCGUUGCAAAGGCACGGACAGAAGCUCGCGAUGAGAAGGACAAGUGGGAGUCAGGAGUGCAGGCCGCGAUGAAGGACAUCCAAGAGAAGCGCGAUAAGAAGAAGAGUGGGCGAGGUCCUCUCCCUACGUUGGACGACCGCGAGAAUGCCCCCAACGACGCCAUGGACGUAGACGAACGAGAAAAUAAUUCGUCUGGAAGGGGCAAAGGCAGACGAGCACCCCCGGCCGAGACCAAGACGCGCAAGCGGAACAGGUUCUGAGGAAGAUCAUGUAGUUUUACUGUCUCGACAACAACACAUCCCCACGACCUCUGUACACUAUGAUUGCAAUAUCGGCAUCUGUGCUUUCUUUUUGAGCUUCGA